GUAUCUGCCGCUAUCCAAAUGAGUGUAUCAUAAUAAUUUAGGCAGUUGUAAACACUCGUCACUCAAUUUCUCGAACUUAAAUUCAAGUUGAAGUGAAACGAAAUUAAGAACACGCACUGGCUGUUUUAUUUGAUUAAUUCUACUAAUAUAUCACAUUGUCACAACGUCUCGCCCUCAGGCUGAGGCCGGAAGUUCGAAACUAUGGAGACAAUUGAAGAGAUUUUUCUCAAAUAUGGUAGUCACCUCGAAGAUGAACAAAUUGUUCGACAAAAUAUUGCUCAUGAAACGAAGUCACUGGAAAAAAUAAAUAACUCGAUGUUUGUAUUAAUUGAGAGGUUGCACCAUGAAGUCACGGAUGCGAGCAUCCAAAAUACUUGCUGUGCCAUCAAACAUGAAUUGGAUAAAGCAAAAUAUGCAUUUCAUAACUUGCAGCAAGUCUUGCCUGCAGAUCAGUUCUACAGGUACAAUGGCCUCUUCAAAGUACCCACUCAACAGCUAGUUAUGGCCACUGCUCUGAUGGUGUACCUCUCAGAAGAAAGACUGGUUAAUUUUGAAGAGGCAGCAAGUAUACUUGGUCUCCAAGUAUUUUCAUCAAAAAAUGUUGAAGAAAAGGAGCUUCAUGCUUCUGUGGACAAAGAUCACAGCACUGCUGACAAGACAAAAAGCAACACUUUGACAAAUGAACUGGAUGCUUGUGAAUUUGGUCAGCUACCAGAUGUUGCAGAAAAAUCUUCAAAUCAAGAUGCAAAAGCUCAAGUGCCAAAAGCAAAAAAGGGCCCUGAAAUUAUCUUGGCUCCACCUGAAAUUAUCUUGGCUAGGGUUCAAAGCAAUGAACUUGACUCUGAUGGUGUAACUGAAUCAACAUCAACAGCUAGUUCUUUUAGUAAUUUCUCUGAUAAAAAAAUAGAGAUUUCAGAUAACAAGCCAGAUUUGACCACUACAAAAUCUAGUCGGAAUGAAUUUAUUGACAGAAUCAACCAUAUUGAUGCAUUGUACCUGGAUUUAGAAGACUUUUUGAUCGGAACCCUCAAGAUUGGGUCAGAGCUUGCACGUCUGUCAGUCAAUGCUGUUUCCUGUGAGAAUUUCGUGCUGCCAUUCAGAGUAAACAAAUUUCUGCGGGAGCUGCAUGCUGGUUACACACUCUUGCAACUGCGCAACAGUUAUUUAAGGAAGACCUAUGAUGAGCUCAAGUAUUCUCUCAAGAAAACUGAAGACAUUGUUUAUAAUCUCAGUGUGAGAGGUCUCAAGCCUCUUACUUUUAAUAAAUAAGGAAUUUAUUUUAAGAUAUUCAAAAUGCGUGUAGCUCUUAUGAGUCCAGAUUUUUUUCUCCGUUGUUGUUUCCGGCUAAAAGGCAAUGAAGUAGCUGCACAAUGA